UGAAGCAAAAUAGGGCAGAAGCACGGCAAAAUGAGACAUCUGUCUAACGGUUGAACAAUUUUAUCAGUUCGUGAUGUUAAGUAACAAACGCGCAAGCAAGCAGAUAAAAUAAUUUGUCAUUUCGUUAAGAUAAAAAUGGCAAUUGUGAAAAGUGGAAAUAAUUGGUGAUGAAAAACUGAUGAAAUUUUAGUGAUUGCCAACUGCAUGGACCUGCUGGAUGUAUGUACAUAAUUAUUCAGUGCAGAAAAAUUAUAUGAAAUAAGUGAAAAAAUUAUUGAAGCAAUAUAAGCAGAAUACUAAAAGUGUUAAAAAAAAAAGAAUUUUAAAAUAUUGUACUAAAAAAUUUAUAAAAAAGAAAUUAUUGAAAAAAACUUAUAAAAAAAUUUUAAAAACUUGAAAUUAUAAAAAUUGAAUUUUUGUUUCAAUAAAUAAUACAUUUUGGUAAAAAAAAAAUAUAAAGAUUUAAACAAGUUUUUGAUUUAAUAAAAUACUAAAUUUAAAAAAACUCUAAAAAAUAUAAAUAUAUUAAAAAAUUCUGUGCAACGUGUCUAAAUUAAAAAAAAAAAUUAACUGUUCUUCAACUUUUCGCAAACCGCAUGAAGCAGUAAAAUGAAAUUUCAUAUAUAUUUUGUCAUUUUACUAAUUUUCUUGAAGAAAGCAAAUGCUGACUACAUUCAGUGCUACGUAUGUGAAGAUUGCGAGGAAAAUGAAGGCGAAUUGGUGUCCUGUGCACUUCUUGGAGAGUUACAAUUAAUAGACCCAACAGUUGAGACCACAGCAGAGACCGCUGCACUCAUCAGCUCAACACAGAUGACAACCACAGCAAUAAUAAGCGAAAACAUCACUUCAGCCAAUUUUGAGAAUCUGACCUCAACGACGACAACAGUCACCUCAGCCAAUUUCGAAAAUGUGAUGUCCACUAUAGUUGCAGUCCAGGAAAACAUAACCACAGUUAGUAUACCGAAUGCUAUUGACUCCAUGGAGUCUUAUGAGGAUAUGGAGUGGGAGCGGGAGAGCGCAGAAUCGCCAAUCUACAACGAGCCUGAUAGAGAAACAACGAACAGAACGAGUGGAGAAAAGGAAACUUUCAAUGCCACUGCUAUUUCUAGCAAUGAGACCAGCGAGACAACGGAGGACGGAAGCGCACCGCUGUUACUAGGCACAACGCCAACUUUGACGGUUAAUUUGACUUCCACUCUACAACAAAAUACUACUGAUAUGCUCGGACUGAACGUAACUAUAAGCGAAACUUUCUUGAACUCAACUACAUUUGUCACAACUCCCAAUGCUACCUCGGCAGCAGCAACCGGGAGUUUUGAAAGUUUUGAAAACAUCACUGGUACAGUCGAAACUACAGAUAUAGGUCCUCUAAAUACUUCGGUAAACGCAAAUUCUACAAGUAUGGCUACUGAGGUAUUGGAACUCAAUGGCACAGAGACCUUGAUCUCUGAAGAAAUUAAUGGAACAACACAAAUUAACACAACAGCCCAAAAUUUUGAAGGUGAUACAACAACAAUCAAUAAUACGAACCUUAGUUCUGACAACGUAACGUCAACAGAGAUUUUAAUAUUGGAAAAUGAGGCCAAUUCUGGAAACGGAACAAUUACUACUACGCCAAUAUUGGCAAAUGAUACCACGAGUUCUUUGGGGCUGAUGGGUACAAUACAAAACAAUACAACGACCAUAUUAGAAAAUGGAACCUCGAGUUCUAUGGAGAUUAACGGUACAGCAGGUCUUACUACCGGGACAUCGCUACUGGAAAAUGGAACCGCGAGUUCUGUGGGACUUAACGGUACAACAACCCUAACUUCUGGCAAUGUAACAACUACAGAGUCCAUGACCAGUUCCGUAGCUCUUAAUGGUACCACAGAAGUUAAUGCAACAGCUAUAAGUUCGGGAAAUAUAACGCAAAUAUUGGAAAGUACUAUAGGAAUAAAUGGAACAGCACAAGAAAGUUCUUCAGCGGUGGAUUCUGGGAACCUAACGACAAUAGGAAACUCGACAUUGGAAAGUGAGUCCAUGAAUUCUACUUCCACAUUAGAGCAAGAAAGUUCUUCAGCGGUGGAUUCUGGGAACCUAACGACAAUAGGAAACUCGACAUUGGAAAGUGAGUCCAUGAAUUCUACUUCCACAUUAGAGCAAGACAACUCUACGGUUCCUGAAAUAAUGGAACUGGCUGAAAAUCUCAACGAUACACUGCAAACGCUUUUGACAAAUUUGACGGCCACUAUAACAGGCAAUGAAACAAGCGAUGUGAUUGAACUUAAUGGUACUUCAGCGUCUCAAACAAAUGCGACAACAACAUCGGCAAAUGACAAUGCUACAUCAACUGUAAAUAAUGCGCCGAACGAGGCUAUCAUUUCCGAGGAAUACUCAGACGAAGAUGAUGGUAACAAUUAUGCCGAUUCUGAAGAAGAGUUCCGCAAACGCUCGAAGACUUAUCGCUUAAAACUUGGCGCUGAGAAGAACAAUCGUAAUGCUAAGGAAACAACAAUCAACGGCGUCCAGUUCUCCAAACCAUUCCUAAUUAAACAAACUCCUACGGACUUUUUACUAAACAAAUAUAGUAAACUAAGGCAUGUAGCGGGACUGAAACAAGUGAACAUUACCUAUAAAUGUUACACCGUACGCGUUAAAGGCGAAAAUAAAGUGCAAAUCAACAAAGGCUGCAUCGCAGUGCCUGCCGAACGGACCGCCUGCGAGCUGCUAGCAACAAAAUAUGGCGAGGACGCGUUGCAGGAUUGCCAAGUGUGCUUGGAGGGCAAAUGUAAUAGUCGAAGCAGCAGCAAAGAUUUGAAAUUUUCCUUCACGAGUGUUAUCUUAACGAUUUUAAGCGCUUGGUUACUCAGUUGAGUUUUGAAUGGCUGUUCAAUCUUUGCUUCAGUUUAUUGCAAACAAUACACUUUUAACAGUUUAAACGGUAUAACCGAAAUAUAUCCGAUAUUUUUUGCCUUUUCAUUGCGAUUAAAUUAGCACGAAAACUUC